CCCGGCUGGGCAUCCUCGGUGACAGACGUGAGAAGAAAAAUGACUUAAUCACCAUCCAGCCCUCGUGGCCAAGGCAGGAGCAGGGGUGGGGCUGCCAGGAACAUGGCUGUGCCUGGGAGCUUACGGAGGCAGCCUGCCAACAGAGGCCUUGUGUCCCACUGCACCCACCACCAUAUUGUUGUGUUCCUGCUGACCUUCUUCAGUUAUUCCCUGCUCCAUGCCUCCAGAAAGACAUUCAGUAAUGUCAAAGUCAGCAUUUCCAGCCAAUGGACUCCCUCCUGCCUAAACAGCACGGCCCCUGAGCCAUAUGAGCUCUGGAACAGCAGCCAUUUAUUUCCAAAAGCAGAAGAAGCAACUCUCUUCCUGGGGACAUUGGACACCAUCUUUUUGUUUUCCUAUGCUGUGGGUCUCUUUGUCAGUGGCAUUGUUGGGGACCGCCUGAAUUUACGCUGGGUUUUGUCUUUUGGCAUGUGUUCCUCUGCUCUGGUGGUAUUCUCCUUUGGCACACUCACAGAGUGGUUGCAUUUCUAUAACAAGUGGUUCUACUGCUGUCUCUGGGUUGUAAAUGGCUUGCUGCAGUCCACUGGCUGGCCCUGUGUGGUUGCUGUCAUGGGAAAUUGGUUUGGAAAAGCUGGGAGAGGUUUUGUCUUUGGACUCUGGAGUGCCUGUGCAUCUGUGGGAAAUAUCCUUGGGGCAUUCCUUGCCUCCUGUGUUCUCAAAUAUGGCUAUGAGUAUGCUUUCUUGGUGACUGCCUCAGUACAGUUUGCUGGAGGAGUCAUUGUGUUCUUCGGGCUCCUGACGUCGCCGAAGGAAGUGGGCCUCCCUGAACUUGGAGCAGAUGAAGAUGAAGUCAGUGUGGAAGAAGAUGCCAACAGACCCCUAAUGGGCAGUGAUGACGUAGAUGAUGAUGACCAGAAUUACUCCAUUCAAGCGGCUGACAAUGACAAAGAGCCCAAGGCCGUUGGCUUUUUCCAGGCUUGUUGCCUUCCUGGUGUAGUACUGUACUCCUUGGCCUAUGCCUGCUUGAAACUGGUGAAUUACUCAUUCUUCUUCUGGCUGCCCUUCUACCUCAGCAACAACUUUGGAUGGAAAGAAGCAGAAGCUGACCAGCUCUCCAUCUGGUAUGAUGUGGGAGGAAUCAUAGGUGGGACUAUCCAGGGCUUGAUUUCUGAUGUGCUGCAGAAGAGAGCCCCUGUGCUAGCAGUGAGCCUGCUCUUUGCUGUGGGGUCUCUCUUUGGAUACAGCCGUUCCCCAAACAGCAAACCUAUCAAUGCUGUGAUUAUGGCAAUUACAGGAUUUUUCAUCGGAGGCCCUUCUAACAUGAUCAGUUCUGCAAUUUCUGCUGACCUGGGCCGUCAGGAUCUGGUGAAAGGCAGCAGCGAGGCUCUGGCGACAGUCACAGGAAUUGUGGAUGGAACAGGCAGUAUUGGUGCUGCUGUGGGCCAGUAUCUAGUGUCUUUGAUCCAGGAGAACCUGGGAUGGAUGUGGGUUUUCUAUUUCUUCAUUUUAAUGACGAGUUCAACAGUCCUGUUCAUUUCACCAUUGAUAGUGAGGGAGAUCAGGAUGCUGCUGCACGAGCGGCGCCUGCGAACGCUGGCAGAGUGACUCCUGCUCCCCUCUGCAGGGACUGCUGUAUGGAACUGACAGCUGGGACACUCAUCAGAACUCUGGCAGACUUACUUGUUACAUCCUCCAGGUCUGGACUGAUUCAAAACUACUCCACAAGACUUGAUUGACCCACCUU